CUGGCCUGCAGUAGCGUGGCUGCGGUGAGGCUCCUGCGCUCCUGAAGGGCGGGCACAGAAGUCAAGGCGGCCUCAGGCGGAUUCUCACUGGUGGCGAGGUUGGAAAGAGCCCCCAGGCGGUGACCGCUUUGCUUCUGCAGCUCGGGUCAGCUCGUUCCGUUAGCUCAGCCUUCGCGGGCUGCGCUGAGGGACCAAGUUCCCUUUGGGUCUGGAGCCCUUGGGGAGUGAGGCUCCAACUCGGGACCAACUCCUCAGCCACCUUGCCCUCCCUCUCCUCCAUCUCUUCUUCGCACGCCGCGAGUCGCUGGUCCCUUUGGGCUGGCCUGCUCGGCCGUGCCAGAGACUAAGUUCGGGGCGGUAAGGGUAACUGUGGGAAACGCGGCCCCCCAGUGGACAAAGGCGGAGGCAGGACUAGAGCAGGCCCAGGGCCGCGGGCGGUGAGCAGAGGCAGUUGAGGAGGUGAGCCGGAAGACAAGAGUACUGCGCAUUUAGAAGGCACUGUGAAGGACUUGUUGCGCGAUGGAAGAAUCUGACUCCGAGAAAAAGACGGAGAAAGAGAAUCAGGGCCCAAGAGUGGAGCCUCCACUCGGGGAACCGGAAGGAUCGCUUGGGUGGGCAGUGCCAAACGCAGCCAUGAAGAAGAAGGUGCUGUUAAUGGGUAAAAGUGGAUCGGGUAAGACCAGCAUGAGGUCUAUUAUCUUUGCAAAUUAUAUUGCCAGAGACACACGUCGCCUUGGUGCAACAAUACUAGACCGUAUACAUAGUCUUCAAAUUAAUAGCAGUUUGAGCACCUACUCUCUCGUAGACUCUGUUGGAAAUACAAAGACAUUUGAUGUAGAGCAUUCUCAUGUUCGAUUUCUGGGAAACCUGGUUUUGAACCUGUGGGAUUGUGGUGGACAAGACACCUUCAUGGAAAAUUAUUUCACUAGCCAGCGUGACAACAUCUUUCGAAAUGUGGAGGUUCUAAUUUAUGUCUUUGAUGUGGAGAGCCGUGAUCUUGAAAAGGACAUGCACUAUUACCAGUCAUGCCUUGAGGCCAUUAUGCAGAAUUCUCCAGAAGCCAAAAUCUUUUGCUUGGUACACAAAAUGGAUCUGGUACAGGAGGAUCAACGAGACUUGAUUUUUAAAGAAAGAGAAGAAGACUUAAAGCGUUUAUCUCGUCCAUUAGAGUGUUCUUGUUUCCGAACAUCUAUCUGGGAUGAAACUCUGUAUAAGGCUUGGUCCAGUAUUGUUUAUCAGCUGAUUCCUAAUGUUCAGCAACUGGAAAUGAACCUGCGAAAUUUUGCUGAAAUUAUUGAGGCUGAUGAAGUACUUCUGUUUGAGAGAGCUACCUUUCUGGUCAUUUCUCAUUAUCAGUGUAAAGAACAGCGUGAUGCCCACAGAUUUGAGAAAAUCAGCAACAUUAUUAAACAGUUCAAGCUGAGCUGUAGCAAGCUGGCUGCCUCUUUCCAGAGUAUGGAAGUGAGGAACUCUAACUUUGCUGCUUUCAUUGACAUAUUCACAUCCAACACUUACGUCAUGGUCGUGAUGUCUGAUCCAUCCAUUCCUUCUGCAGCUACUCUGAUCAACAUCCGCAAUGCCAGGAAACACUUUGAAAAGCUGGAAAGAGUGGAUGGACCAAAACAGUGUCUUCUCAUGCACUAAGCAUUGCUGAAUAUUGUUUCCCACACUAAAAUUGAAACACUGUUUCUUAAUUUUAUUGUUGUAUUCAUAAAUGUAGACUCUAAAUAUUGUGAUGCUUAACACAUCUGUAUUUCUUCUCUACUCCCCAGUCUUACCAUUUAACUUUGAAUGCUAUUUAUUCAAAUAGCCAGUGAGGAGUUAGAAGAUGGGGUGUCCAUGAAGUUGGUGUAACAUUUACGUAGGUGAUAUAUGUAAGUGUUCUGAUAACAUGAUUCUAAUGGUGUUUGUGUUCUGAUAACCUGCUUUAAAUAGUGUAUGCCAAAGUCCUUCCCAGCAUCCUCUUGUAUUCAUUAUCAAAUAUAUACAUGUAAGUUUGAAGUAUUACUGUUUUCUCAGCAUGCAUUAAAAAUAUUCCGUAACUCAGCCAGGCAUGGUAGCUCAUGCCUAUAAUCCCAGCAUUUGGGAAGUAGAGACAAGAGGAUUGCUGCAAGUUUGAGGCCAGUUUGUCUGCAUAGGGAGGACUAGACCAGCCAGGGAUAUAUAUCAAGAUUUUGUCUCAAGAAAUCAUAUAUAUAUAUGUGUGUGUGUAUGUGUGUAUGCAUAUACACACAUAUAUAAAUAUAUGUAUUCCUUAACUUGGAUUAUAAAUAAAUGUUUGCUGUUAGGGAUUUCAGUGUCUGUGUUUCUUUUUCUUAUAUCUUGAAUUUUGCUCUAAGAGAUGAAAGUUUCAUUAUUCUAGAGAAGAGAAUUUGCUUAUUAGAAAAAAGUUUAAAAUAAAAUUAAUUGAAGAAUGUAGCCAGAAUUUUAGCACCAAGUACUAGAAAAGACUUUAAAUGUCUGAUAUCUGUGGUAUAUGAAGCUACUGCACAGAAUAAUUAUGUGAAAUCAAUAUUUAAAAAAUAGCUUAUCUAUACCUUAUGGAUUGACAGCAGUUGGAAAAUCUGUGUUAGUAAUCCAGGCCUGAUCUUGAUUGAAAAUUUCCAAUGCUGGUAUAACUGGUAAAAGCCCUGACUGCCAGGACAAUUUUGCAGUAUUUAAGUUUUCCCUUAACUGCAAUUGUGAAGGAUUAUAGUCUCCGUUUCCCUAGAGCCCUUUUAAAGGGGGGUAUGUAUAACUGUUUUUAGGUCUCCAAAAACAGUAUAUUGCAAAACACAGCUUAUAGUUUCCUAUUUAAAUUCCUGACUUCUCUUUGAAGCAGGAAUGCUUACUAACAAAAUUGCAAGCCUUAUUAUUUUAGUCAGAAAUUUAGUCCACAAUUUAUUAUGGUUCAAAUAAUACCUUCAGAGCCUGAGACACAGGGGUCAAAAAAACAAACCCCUUGAACUCAUGGGCUCUUUAUUUAAAUAAGGGAAAUGGACAGUAACCAAUUAUGUAUGUUAUAUUGGGAGACAAAUGUACUAUGAAGAAAAAUUAUAACAGUGUUGGAGGAAGGCAUUGAGGUAGGCAGUAUAGUUACCCACUUCUAAUUCCUUGAAUUUGUCCAUAUGUUACCUAGCAAGGAGAAAUUAAGGUUACAUACAUAAUUAAAGCUACUGUUCAGCUGCCCUUCAAUGAAGUAAGAUUUUCUUGCAUCAUCCAUGUAGCACCACAUAUAAGGACACUUUAAAUUUGGAUGAGGAAGACAGGACAAUCAGUAUCAAAAGAGACUGUGAGAAAGACUAUAAAUCACUGUUAAAAAUGGAAGCAGUUGGCCACUAGGAAUUUGACCAUGCACCAGUGAUAUACGCACAACACAAAAUAGAUUUGUUUUUUCUAAGAGGUGGGGGUGGGGGACAGACAUGGGAAGACAGGGAGGUGAGCAUCGUUGGGGUGUAUAAUGUGAGAUUCCCGAAUAAUCAAUAAAAAAAAAUUAAAAGGUAGAAGCAGGUAGCCACAAGCCUAUUGUGGAGCCACUAGGAACUGACAGAGGGAUGAACUGGCUUCUAGAACCCCAACUGCCUUAAGAAGAAAAUAGCCAUAUUGACACCUGGAGUUUAACCCUAUGAAACAAAUCGUUCUUUUGACCUCUAGAACUAUAAUAAAUUUCUAUUAUUUCAAGCUACCAAAUUCCUGAUAAUCCGUUAAAGCAAUAAAUGAAAAUAUAUUGGGCCUUCUCAAGGGAAAAAGAGGUGGGGUGGCAUGGGGUAUGUGUGUGCAUGCUGGCGCAUGUGCGCACGAGUAAGUAAAUAUAGGGAUUGGCUCAUGUGAUUAUGGAAAUCUGAGAAAUCCCAGGGAUCUGUAGUUGGCAAAUGAGACACAUAGAAUAGCCAACCAAUCAUGUCUCAGUCUGAGUUCACAUGUAUCAAGGAUCUUGGUCUGGACUCUUUUUAUCUCCCAGACCCUUAUGAUCUCCAUCAAACAAAUUCAGGCGAAACACAAAAUGUAAUGUCAAAGACAGACAAAGUUAGUUUAGAGUAUACAGUCAUGGAGCAAGGGCAAACAAUGGCCAGGGAGACCAGAGCCAUGAUAUGUAAUUUAGGCAGAUAAAAUACUAUAUUUUAAGUGUUUCUCUAGACUAAGUGGCUAUUCCUGAGGGACUUUGUCCUGUCCAAGUGACUGAUAGGCUUGUUUGGGUUAUAUAUUAGUUACUUUUCCAUUGCUGUGAUAAAAUACCAUGACCAAGGUAACUUGUAGAAGGAAGCAUUUUAUUUUCUUGACUUUAUGACUAUCAUGGUAGGACAGCACGGACAGUAAGCAACAUGCAUGUUGAAUGGAGCAGCACCUGAGAGCCUCAAAGCACCUCCUCCUAAUCUUUCCCAGCAAAUCCAUCAACUGGGGACUAAGUAUUCAAGCAUGAGCCUAUAAGGGCCAUUCUCAUUCAAACCACCACAGCUUAUGUCUUACUAGAUGGGGAAUGAUACAUCCUUCUUUAUCAGUACUCACAUAAGGUUUAGGGGUCCUGGCACCAGGUUUAAAAAGUUAUCUGUUUAACUUUUUAUGCAGUUAAGGAUAUGACUCAAAUCCAAUUUUUCUGACAACUAUUAAAAUCCUGAUAAUUUUUCUGGAUUUUUUAUUUUCCAAGUUGUUGACUAUGAAGAAAGGGUUCAACGUAAAUAUCCUUUGAGCCUCUAAUACCUAACCUGCUGUCUAAUACAAAAGCUAGGGAAACAACAAGAUUGAUGGUAUAAGAUCUAGUCUAAAUACUGGCCCAAGAAAGCCAGUGUUGUGUAAAACAGGAAGAAAAAGGAUGGCUAUCCCCACUUAGGUCGGUCAGGCCAGUCUCUUGCUGCCAGAAGGAUCAUCCCGUAUUUUCUGUUCAUUUUCAUCAGAUGAGGCUCGCCCACAUUAGAGAGCCAAUCUGCUUUAUUCAGUCUACCAAUUCAACUGUUAUUUUAAUACUAAAACAGGGUCAUGGACAUGAUAUAUUUGUACACCUUAUGUCCAUUCAAGUUGAUAGAAACUAAUAACAGGGAUUCAUUUCGUUAGGGAAAACAGAAUUAGCCUCCUUGAUGAAAUGAUAUUUGAACAAAGACAUUUCUUAGGGAAGCAUUAUCCAGACAGAGGGAAUAAUUAAGUAUAAGGUCUAUGGUUUGGGAGGACUCUUGAAAUACUAGAGGAGCAGCAGCAAGGUUAACAUAACUAAAUGGGGGGGGCGAGAGAAGUUAGAUGAGGUGGUAUGAUGAGUUUAUUUUAAAAUUGGGGGCAAGCAAGAUUGCCUAGCAGGUAACGGCGCUUCCCAAACAAGCCUGGCAACCUGAGUUCAGUCCCCAGAACCCAGGUAAAGGGAGAGGGAGUGAACUGGCUCCACAAAGUUGUUUUCUGAUCUCCAUGUGUAACCAUCACAUGCGUGUGCACAAGCACAUAUGAUAAAACUUUAAAAUAGAAAGUAAAAGUAGGUGAGAGAGGAGAGUAUCAGGGUUUCCUUCCUUCCUUCCUUUCUUUUGUUUUUGCUUUUCAAGACAGAGUUUCUUUGUGUAACAGCCCUGGCUGUCCUAGAAUUAGCUCUGUAGACCAGGCCGGCCUUGAGCCCACAGACAUCAACCUGCCUCUGCCUCCUGGAGUCCUGGGAGUAAAGGCGUGCACCACCACUGCAUGCUAGGUGACUGAAGAGUUUGAUGUUUAUUCCUAUUAAUGUUGGAAAGCCACUAGAAAGGUUUUAGGACUGAUAUCAUACUUUCAAAAAAAUGACUGCCACUAGAAAACAGACUGGAGAUAGAAGGAAUGAAGUGUAGGCAUUUGUAGCAACAAAUAAUUUGCAAUUUGGGCCCAGAAUAAUGAAAAUUCGAAGGAUUCUAGCUAGUUUCUUAGAGCCAAAAGGAGUUCUUAAUGAGGUGUGCCCAAAAAGAAUCAGGUAAAAGCCGAGGUUUUUCGCUUGAGCGAUGAGAUUAAUAGAGGUGUCUGAGACUAAGUACCUGCAGGAGAACCCAGCUUGAAAAAGGAGUUGGGAACUGCAUUGUGCUAUGUCAGGCAUGAACAACGACAUAGCUGCAUAUUCCAGUAUACCAGUCUUCACUCAGGUGACAUGAAGCCUAAACAUUCACAUUUAGUCUUGAACCAAGUAAACAGUGAGUAGAGAUAAAAGGAAUUAGGAAGAUAUUUAAAAUAGUAGCUACUGAAAAAUGGAAAUAACUUCUCAUGGGCAUUGUGAUAGAUGGUUAAAGGGUCUUAGUGUGACUCUUUGACGGAAAGUAAGCAGGCCAAGAGAGCAAGCUUUCAUCUUCCAUGUCCUUGGCAUAGGCUGCCAGAAGAAGACAUAUCCCAGAUUAAAGGUGGAUCUUCCUACCUACCUCAGAAGAUCUGAAUUAAAAGUGGGUCUUGCCAUUUCAAAUGAUUUAAUUAAGAAAAAUUUCCCACUGGGCAAUGGUGUCACAUACCUUUAAUCCAUGCACUCGGGAGAC